AUGACAGAGUUCAAGGAAGAAGAAAGUGGCAAUUCCACUGUCACACAUUCGAAGUAUACAGUUGGUGUCAGCAAUUAUUUGCUGAACCCUUUUUCCAUCGAUCACAAUAGGUUUCUAUCCCAUAUUAUUAGGAUGUUUAUAUCUUUUUUCGUGAAAUAUGAUUAUAAGAAAUUGAUCAAGAAUGAAAAUAAAAUUGAUUUGAUUACUAUACCUUCAUAUCUUUUCAAUAAUGAUUCUAAUAAUCAAUCUUUAUUGAAAUUGGAUGAUUUAACUGAAAAGAAGCUCGAUGAAAAAAUAGCAUCGUUAUACCAGGGGUUUAUCUCUUCUGUUAACACUAUAGAUUAUUCCAUAGAGAAAUCUCAUACUCAAUUACUAGAGUCAGUAAAUAAUACAAAUUCUAUUGAGUAUUUAAAUGAUAUUCAAUUGAAAAAUUCCGAGGAUUUAUUAUAUUUCAAUACAAUUAAUAAUUCAUUAGAAACAGAGAUUUUACAGUUACAAUCUAAGAUCAAUGAGUUGCAGGCCAAGAAAAAAUCUUUAUUGACAUCUUUAUCGGUCUCAAAGACAGUUCAUUUGAAAUUAAGUAAUUUACAAAAGUUGAUUCUAGAUAGGAAAGAUUUUAUCGUCAAAUUUAAUCUUUCACCAGAAACUCCUACCAAAUCUACUCGUUCCACCACAAAUAAUUCAUCACCUAAUAUACAAGAUCAAUUAUUCAUCCCAUCCCAACCUGGGACUCAUUUACUCAAGAUUCCCUCCACAAGUAAUUCUCCAAUCUCAUAUUUGGAUUUCAAUAAUCCAUUUGGUAUACUAGUCUCUACAAAUAGAUUUAACCAUAAUAUUGAUGUUUAUGAUUUAAAUGCAAAGCAUGCUAUAACUACUUUGAAGUCACAUAAAUCUUCUUUGACUGCAUUACAAUUGGAUGAUCAUUUAAUAGUCUCUGGUUCUAAAGAUGCCACUGUCAAAUUAUGGGAUACUAAAUCUCUCGCUGAUACUACAAAUUCUAAUAUAAAUUCACCAUUAUUGCAUACUUUUAGUUCACAUAAAGAUGAAAUUACAGCUAUUUCAUUAUUCCAAUCAUCAUUAAUAACAACUUCUCUGGAUAAGACAAUAAGACAUUGGGAUUUGAAUACUAAUAAAAAUAUUCAAACUAUUCCAUUACCAUCUCCAGUUUCAGUGUAUACUUCUCCAAUUAUUAAUACUUUACAAUGUUUUGAUGCAGCUUUGGCUACUGGUUCAAGAGAUGGAAUUGUCAGAUUAUGGGAUUUAAGAAUUGGUAAAAUCGUUCGUUCUUUUGAAAAGCAUAAUGAUGAAAUUACAGGUUUGAAAUUUAAUAAUAAGCAAUUGGUUUCGACAUCUUUAGAUAAUUCGAUUAAAAUAUGGGAUCUUGGAACAGGUAAGAUCAUUGAUAUGUUUGGUUAUGAUCAUUCAAUCAUAUCGAUGAAUUUUGCUAAUGAUAAAAUUGUUUGUGCCCUAAGGGAUCAAAAAAGUUUCCAAAUUUAUGAUUGGAAAUUAUCUAAAAAUUGGCAAUGUCCUCCACUACAACAAAUGGAAGAUUCAAAUCAAAUAAUAAAUGAUACAAAGGAUGACGAAAGUAAUAAUAAUCUUGAAGAUGAAACAGAAGAAGAGCAAUUCGAACAAAUAGAUACCCCUCCACAUAAUACUAAUUCAGCUACUUCAGAGUCUGAUAGUUCUGAUUGUAGAUUUGUAGCGUUAAGAAGUAAUGUUGUUAUGGAAGGUAGGAGUGAUGGGGUUAUAAACGCUUGGAGUAUUUAA